ACCGUCCUGCUGCCAUGUUGGAUUGAAGGAUCGUUAUUGCUUUAGGAGUUCGGAAUGAAAGUUUAUAUCAUGCAGUCUGUCAAAAGUGAACGAAUUAAAGAAUAAAUAAGCCACAGGAGUUAACGAGUCGCACCUGCAUCGCCCGCGCAUUGAGGACAACACUAAAUCGGCUCUACAUGUAUGCGGAAUUCCUUACGGGAUGAACGGAGCGCAGGCCAUGUUGAUCUGUGAUUGCACAUAAAAUAAUCUAACACGAGACAAACGCUCAAGUUCAUCCGCCUCAUCCGUCAACAUGAGCGGCCACCCGCCCCAUAGGAGGGUGGCAAACGUGGGCUCUCUGCUUCUGACCCCGCAGGAGAACGAGUGUCUGUUCAACUACCUGGGCAGGAAAUGCAUCACAUUGUGCUCAGCGGUGGUCCAGGUGUACGGGGCAGACAGGGGCUCGUCCUGGUACAAGAGGUGCUGUGGUGUGGCCUGUUUGGUGAAAGACAACCCUCAGAGGUCUUAUUUUAUCCGUGUCUUUGAUAUCAAGGAUGGAAAAGCAAAGUUUGAGCAGGAGCUCUACAAUAAUUUCAUGGUCAUUUGUUCGAGAGCCUACUUCAUUACCUUUGCCGGAGAUUCUUGUCAGAUGGGCCUCAACUUUGCCAGUGAAGAGGAAGCCAAACGAUUUCGGAGUGCACUUAACGAACUGCUCAACAGACGACAGAGGAAAACUGAGAAAAGGCGUGACCCACCAAAUGGACCCACUCUCCUGAUGGCAACGGUGGACAUCAAGAAUCCCGAGAUAAACAACAAACUUAAUGUGUCCCAUAAGAAUAACAUGGUGCACAGUGGCCUUAACAAGAAGAAAAAGAAGGGCAAGGGCAGUCGGAAGUUGACAAAGGCUGACAUUGGGACACCAAGCAACUUCCAGCACAUCGGUCAUGUAGGAUGGGAUCCGAACACAGGCUUCGAUUUGAAUAAUUUGGACCCAGAGCUGAAGAACCUGUUUGACAUGUGUGGCAUCUCUGAGGCCCAGCUCAAAGAUAAGGAGACGUCUAAGGUCAUCUACGACUUCAUUGAGAAGAAGGGCGGUGUAGAGGCUGUGAAGAAUGAGCUGAGGAGACAAGGUGAGACUGAUCGCUGUCAGACUCUCUGCACUGAACACCUGCCAGUUGUGGCAUCAUCAUAUUCACAUGUCAGACCAUCCACUGUCAGAAAAAAAUGCCCAAAACUUCCCCUAACUAGUGGUGCGAAAGUGGAGCAAAACAACAGGCCAGUGUCAUCCACAGGACGUGACGCGCUACUCGACCAGAUCCGACAGGGCAUCCAGCUCAAAACGGUAUCAGAUAAUGACUCAGGACCACCCACCCCUGCUCAGUCAGCAGGCAUUGUUGGAGCUCUGAUGGAGGUGAUGCAAAAGAGGAGCAAAGCCAUCCACUCCUCAGAUGAAGAUGAGGAUGAUGAGGAUGAUGAAGACUUUGAGGAUGAUGACGAAUGGGAUGAUUAAUCCCGCAACACUAACCCCAACCAGUAGAGUAAAUUAUACUAAAUUGUCACUUCCCCUAAUUUUACACUCAUUCUGUGUAUGAUUUUUCUUUUCCAAAUCGCUGUAUAUUUUUGUUGCCUUUUUGCUUUUUUUUUUUGUUUUUUUAUAUUCUGUGCAAUACCUCAUGUAAUCUGUAAAGUACUGUCAUUUAUCCUCUGUAAAAUAAUCUCCUGGAAUAACCAUGUGAAGUUUUAUGCCAGGAUUCAUGAUUUGUUGACCUGAAUGUUUUUGUUCCCCUGUGAGUGGGGAAAGGGAGAUGGACGGGACGCUCGAUGUCCUUAUUAAUUGUUGAUUAAUGAUUUAGAUAACACUAUUUUCAUACCCUACUUUUCUGUACCUUCGAUUUUCUUAUUCAAAUCCUAGUUUCGCAUUCUUAGAUUUGGUAAGAGGUUCUCCUAUCAGAAUAUGUAUGUGCCCUGUAUUGUUUCCCUUGUAAAUGUACACCAGGCUGAUAUAUUGAGGCUAUAUAUAUUUUUGCACGAAUAACAAAAGGAAAUUCACUGCAGGAUGAGAACACAUUGGCUGAACACUUUGAAUAUGAUUUCUGUGGUAAUCACGAUCAGCGUCACACUACAUUGCACGUCACAAAGUAGACCGUUCUGAGGUUUUGAUUUCACUUUAUUAACACGAAAAUAACAUACAGUAGAUUCAAACCGGCAAAGUCGUGAGUGCAGCUUGCUCCUGAAUGUGAAAAACCAUCAGUUCACAAAUAUAGAAUUUCAGUCAUAUCAAGAAAAUAAAAA